UGGUGGUGGUGGUUGUGAUGGUGAUGGGAGGAGCAGUAAUUGUCGCCGUCUCUCGGUUGAUCCCUGACCCCGGAAUAAAAACAAUAAACCACUGCUUCUACUACUGCAGUUGUCGCUGUUGCCCUGGGUUGCGGCGUUUGUGCCACUUUGAAUGGCGCGGGGAUUGCAGCGCCUGGUCAGCUUAAUGGGUUUCAUCGCUUAAAUUGAUUCUCUGGACUCGGUCACAACCACACACUUUCGUGCUGCCCUCUGCUGUAUCAGUCUCAUUACAGCCCUCAUCCCACUGCUGCCCUCAUCCCAGCGCUGCCCUCGAUUCAGCGCUGCCCUCACCGGGAGUGAAAAGAAGAAGAAGUAGCAGGUGCCAUGGCGAACGCGGCCGCUCUGGCGUCGAUGGACUUCGAGGUGUUCGGCAAGGUGCAAGGUGUCUUUUUUAGAAAGCACACAAGGCAGGAGGCAAUGCGGCUCGGCCUGGUGGGCUGGGUGCGCAACACUGAGCGGCACACGGUGGAGGGGCGUGCGCAGGGCCCGCCAGACCGCACAGAGCAGCUGAAGGUGUGGCUGAGCACAAAGGGCAGCCCCAAAAGCCGCAUCACCCGUGCCGAAUUCUCGUCGGAGCGAACCGUGGAGAAGGCAGAGUACAGCGACUUCCGCGUCGUCAAAUAGACGCCGCGAGGGGCCGGAUCUCCCCUCCCCUCUACCCACAGGGUCUUUAUAACCCUGGCUAACAGCAUGCAUCGUUUUGUCAUUGCGACUUAAUCAGGUUAGGGACUGCGGUGCUGGCUUUAGCCCUAACUUAGCCCAACGUGAGGCUAAACCAGGUUGGGGCAGUGGUUCGAGCCUGGUCAUUAACUCAACCCCUAACCCAGCCAACGUGAGGCUAAACCAGGUGAGCGCUGUGGGUUCAGCUGUCGCCCGGAUAUCAAAACUCAACCCAGCCCAGUAUGCAGUUAAACUGGGUGAGGACUGUUGUUCUUAUCCAGGCCUGACGAGAGGUGGAGAAAGGAGUUACCGGGGUAUCGGGGGGUACUGGGGGUACUGGGGGCCCUCCCCAGGACAAGAUUGUUUAAUUUAUUUUUAUUUACAUGAUGUGGGCCCCUAGCAAAGGUGAUGUACUGGGGCACCUGGUUCUAGCCCUGACUCUUUCACUGUAAGCCUAGCCCAGCCCAACAAGGAAGCAUGCAAAAAACAACAACAAGGUUAAGGCUGUGGAUCUAUCCAUGACCAUGACUCUAACCCGCACACAGUCAAAUAGCGAGGCUAAAUCUCAAUUAGGUUAGGGCUAUGGUUUUAGCUCUGGCCAUGCCCCUUAAGCCUCGCCCCAAGUAAGCCUAAACCACACAGUUACUGGCUCCUGAAUUAAUAUCUAUACCUCGACAUCAUGCAUCUUCUGCCUUACGAUAACACGUACAAUUUUACAUCCACACCCAGCCCUGACCGCUAGUUGUACAAUUAAUGCUUGGACGCUGCCUGGUUUGUUUGAACAAAAAAAUGUGAAAGGCAGACGUACCAUACACACAGGGAUUGUGCAAUGUUUUCAGUAUGCGUUUUGUUUAGCAGCAGCAGCAGCAGCAGCAAAGUCGUGUGUAGCUGUCGGCUUAAAAUACUUUUAUGUUCAUUUGCUGUGGGUUGGGUCUCCCAGGGUUUGGGCAACCCCUUUACUCAAGGUGGCCAGUAUUCUCUGGUGUAAGUCCGUAAUAGCAACACAACUCUUAGCUUCACUCAACGUGGCCAGUAUUCGCUGGUGUAAGACCAUCAAUCAUUUCCUGUCAUCAAUUUCGCUUUCACCGAAUUCACGCAUCACAGAUGUUCCCAUUGCUUCCUCUCUUCUAUUUCAUUCACCUCAUCUCGCCCAUUACAUUCACACGCUGUACCGCUGUUAAUUCUUUGUAAAGCGCCUUGGUUAAGGCGCUGUAUACAUUCCGUUAAGAUACGAUAGCAACACGACUUUUAGCUAAAGUUCGGUUCGUAUUUGAUCAUCGUUACGAGAGUUGUGAUCUCUACCAUCCCGAUAACGCAUAAAUGGGAAUGAAGGCGCACAGCUAUAAAAGCAAACAGGCUGACACUUUACUUCAGCUGGUAAAGCUAAUUGAGCUAAACAGCUGUUAAGGACUGACCACAACCCAACGGUGGUCGGUUAUGGCGGCAGUUACAGGAAAUUGCACUUGCAUAGUUAAAUAUAGAGACAGAGUUACAUGGAGAGCCAUAGUUACAUAGAGAUCCAGAGAUCCACAGAGCUACAUAGAGAUCCACAGAGUUACAUAGAGAGCCAUAUAACUACAUAGAGAGCCAUAGAGUAACACAGAUUCAGUGACACAGAGAUUCAUAGAGUUACAAAGAGACUCGUAGAGUUACACACAGACUUAUUUCAGCUGGUAAGGCCCAUGGAGCUCAAUAGUUGUGCUACAAAGACGACCACAGGCCAAGGCCAUCUUUGUUAGUGAGCAAAGACAACUUUAAAAUGUGCCCCGAGUGUGCGUGGCCUGACUUUAUUUAUUAUUUAUUCAUUCCUUCUCGGUGGCUCUUAACAAUUUUGCUUUCAAUGCCUCGUCAUAUAUUCCCAGGGCCAUUGUCUCCAACGCAAGAGAUGGUGCGCUGCAAAAAAAAAAACCACCGUGAACUCCGGCUAGUGGGCGGCCUAGCCACUCGGCCUGCGUCCUCGUUCCGUGGCGAGCGGCCCGUGGCGAGCGGCCGGCCCAGCUGGGCUCGGAGGAAGCGCAAUCGGCUCGGAGGAAGAGCAUUCGGCUCGCGAGCGAAAGGGCGAUCCCAAGGGGGAUCGGCAACCAACAAUAACGAGAAGCAGACACUUUCUUUUUUUGGUUCGAAUUCGGUAGAGAGCUCGAUAUUUCAAGAGCCGCAAUGCACGUGAACACACACGGGGCACAUGCGCUACGUCACGAGGGAGCCCCGUAAGAGAGCCGCAGGUUGCAGACCCCCUGAGCUACAGCCGCUCGCAAUCGAAACGUCGCAAAUUCUUCCCCUAUUGGUUAUCGACUCGGCCCAUCAUCCCGUUCCGGGGACGUCCCAUAAAGCGAGUACCCCGAUUCCGCUGGAGAUUAACACAUCCAGCGUCGCCGGGUGUUGACGGUGCGGCUCUGCUCUCACGUAAGAGCCACCCCCCCCCCCCCAGUGGCAGCUGCCCCUGUGCGGCACGAGGUGACUGCGAUUUGGCAGGAGUCUGCCAAUCGGGGAGGGGUGAGGGACGAUGAUUGUUUUCCGUUACGUGUUGUGUGAUCCCGUUUGAGUUAUAUUGACAAUGUCAUGUUGGCUCGGGACCCCCAUUUCUCCAGAUGCCCCUCCCCCCUCAUCCCUGUUGUCAAAAAUUAAAAACUUUGCCCAGGCAUCUUAUGCACGUUGAACUUCUUUCGCACCGCACGUAGCCAACCGUGCUAAUCGCCGGGGGUGCGGGAUAUAGAUCGUACGGAGUGUUAUUAGAUUCACGAAGUUCGUACAAAGAUCCCCCCGUGUAGACUUUACUUAGUAGACUGUCGGGGCAAGUGCCAUUAGCAGGCGCCCGUGAAAGCCGGCGGCCAAAACCACACGUGGCCAAUGCCACGUCAAGUUGGUGUCGAAGGCUCGCUGAUGGCUGGAGGUCACGGGAUAGACCCCCAGGUACCAUGGGCUGACCGAGACGACUGGCAGAUGCACCGCCUGUGCUCCCCACUCUGCCAACGUUCUACAGCGUCUUUUAUCCGCCCGGCGCUCCGCUUGUUGUUGUGAGCGUCGUUCCCCUCUGUCCUCCGUUGUUGUUGGAGGGCGACUGCCUCCCAACUGCCCAGUAGCGUUCCAGGUCGUUUCUCUCUCGAGGCGCUCUGUCUCCCUUCCUCCGGACGCGGGCUUGCUUGUUUAAAGGCAGUGCUGAUGGUUUCCUCUCCCCCAUGAGACACUCGGCAACUCUGAGCGAAAGCCGAAGUAGAUUUUUGAGUGAGAGCGUGGAUUCGGGGGGGGGGGGGGGGGGGACCGCCAACAUCGCUGCGUGAAUCAAUGGACUCGUCUGUGAAUUAAUUGA